AAUGGUCGUGACAUUCGGCAUUUAGUUUUCGUAAAAUUUCAAGUACACUUUGCGUUUAACAGACAAAUUGAAAUUUAUUUAUUUUCUAAAAUAUUGAGACUGUAAAGAAAAAUAGCAAAAACGAAGCGUUUAGAAGCAAAAAUGCACAGCAACUCAGCUUCGGCGCCGAUGACCUCUCAAACGUCAUCAGAAUGUGAUGGACCUUACGACUCACACGUAUCGCGUAGUGGCGGACUACGCAUAGCCGCGGAUAUACAGGAGAAGAUCAACGCACUGCGUUUCUUACUCGAAAGCGAUCUCAUAGCUUGCGAUGCAAAGUGGACGUUGUUUGUGGCGGCGGCGCUGAGCUACCGUUACGAUACACAGCUAAAACCUUUUCCACCGCGGUUUGUCUCACCGGAUGGUAGUCUCGACAUCGAUGCACUCAUCUCGGUCAUCAACGAUACGCCUAAACUACGUGUGAUACUACAGAAUAUUGUCGACGAAAAUUACGAGGAAUUCGAUGCGUACGUCUUGGAUCUAUUGCAUCAUGUGCUGGUGGUGCAACGCGAGCCAAUGCUACAUCUGGUGGAUGAUAAUGAUUUUGAUGUGAUAUUGAGAAAUAUGCAGCAAAGUGCAGAGUUGCCCAAGCCAACGCAUGUCUUUCGCGUCAGCAAUAUGCCGCUGAUACAUGAAGCUAUUGAAGAAGAGCCCAACAUCUACAUAGAUGAUGGUCAUCCACCAAAGUUGGCAUUCUACGGCAAUCGUCUAGAUUGUUUCUUUGCCAUGCUGACACAAGCAGGCACAUACAAGCAAGUACCCCAUCAUGCGGAUAAUGCCGGCGACGAUGUGGAUGUGCCGCUAAAAUUGAGCACUGACUUGAAAGUUGCGCUGCAGCAUAGUCCAAAUGGCGCAGGCUGGGGUGCUUCAAGUUGCGGUUCGAUGAUUUCAUGCGUGGCGAUUUGUGAAUUUGAGAACCAUCCUGGGUAUGUGUUGGGCAAUACGGAAAACUCCAUAAUCGAGGUGCGUAAACCGGAGUUGGUGCUCAUACGCUAUUUACUCUUCUAUGGCAGUCGUUUCCCAGACGAAGAUGAGUUGGAGGAGAAGCGGCCAACCACUUGGUUGGGGCGUAACAAAUACUCAAUCUCACUGGCUUGUUAUAUGUUGUUGUUGGCUUCAAUUGGCAUGGCCAACAACGGAGGUGGGCAGUACUGGAAGCAGAUUUUGAGCAAGAAGGCGCAUUUAUUUUUCGAUUUCUGCCGGCGCAUUUUCACCACAGAUUAGAUGAAAAUGUGAAUCCGCACCGCCUUAGGCAAUGCGAUGAGCUCUACAAACUCGCUUGCAGCAUUAGAAUUAUUUCAUUUUACAAAACUAUAAAAUAAAUUGAUAGUUUCUUAAGUUUCACAGA